AUGGCAAGCUUAGUUAUUGCAACUGUUCCCAACCUUACCAUCGAUCAAUCUGCUCUUCUUGCCUUAAAAGCUCAAAUUUCUUAUGACCCUUACAAUGUUUUGACAAACAACUGGUCCACCAACUUCUCUAUUUGCAACUGGGUCGGUAUCACUUGUGAUUCCAACCAUCAUCGAGUCAUCGCAUUAAACCUUUCUUACAUGGAUCUUGUAGGCACCAUUCCUCCACAUUUGGGAAACCUUUCAUUUCUUUCUAGUCUAAACAUUGAAAACAACAGUUUUCAUGGCUCUAUUCCAAACGAGUUGUCUCAUCUCUACCGGUUGCAAAUAAUUGAUCUUAGCCAUAACCAACUUUCGGGCUCCAUUCCAUCCUCAAUCUUCAACAUAUACAGCUUGAAACAUAUUUAUCUCUAUGACAACAUGCUUUCUGGUCCAAUACCAAGUGAAAUUGGAAAUCUACAAAGCAUUAAGCUCUUUGAUGUCAGUUUCAACAACUUUAUUGGUCCAAUUCCAUUUGAGAUAUUUAACAUCUCAACAGUACAAGUAAUUUCAAUGGUUUGCAAUAACUUCUCAGGCCAUCUUCCAUCAAAUGUAGGCCUCUUCCUUCCAAAUCUCCAGCAACUUAUUCUUUGGGAAAAUCAACUAAGUGGAGCAAUUCCUAGCUCUAUCUCUAAUGCUUCACAACUCACUCUGUUAGAUUUGAGUGACAACUCAUUUUCAGGCUUAAUUCCUAAAGCACUUGGUAAUUUAAGGUUCCUUACAGGGCUUGGCGUAGCAAACAAUAAUUUGACCAUUGAAUCUUCUACUCCAGAGUUCAACUUUUUCUCUUCUUUGUCAAAUUUGACAUAUCUAAAACAGUUACAGUUGUCAGGUAAUCUACUGAAUAACAUCCUUUCUGAUUCCAUUGGAAAUCUCCCAACUUCUCUUGAAGAACUUUACAUAGAUCAUUGCAAUAUUAAGGGCAACAUUCCAAGAGAUAUAGGCAAUUUAAGCAACUUGAUGACUUUGUCUCUACAGUUUAAUGAAUUGACUGGACCUAUUCCAACUACUGUGGGAAAAUUGCACAAGCUUCAAGGAUUGAGAGUUGAUAAUAAUAGACUAGAAGGUCUCAUCCCAUUUGAUCUUUGUCAUUUAGAGAGCUUGUUUGAGUUGAAUUUAGGUCAUAAUGAGCUUUCUGGACCUAUUCCUACAUGUGUAAAUAAUCUAACUUUUCUAAGAUAUCUUUAUUUACACUUCAACGAAUUAACAUCUGAGAUUCCCUUGAGUUUGUGGAGCCUCUCUUAUAUCUUAAAGGUCGACUUGUCAUCAAAUUCUCUAAAUGGCUCUCUCUCAUUAGAGAUUAGAAAUUUGAAGGUGUUGAUGGAAUUGCAGUUAUCAAGAAAUCAACUAUCUGGUGAUAUCCCAACAACAAUUGGUGACCUCAACGAUUUAGUUAAUCUUUCAUUGGCGGACAAUAGAUUAGAAGGCUCAAUUCCUGAAUCUUUUAGUAAAUUGAUAAGUUUGGAAUUCUUGGAUCUUUCCAUUAACAAUUUAUCUGGAGAGAUUCCUAAGUCCUUAGAAGGACUUUCACAACUCAAGUAUCUAAAUGUCUCUUCAAAUAGACUGGAAGGAAAAAUUCCUGUAGGAGGACCAUUUGUAUACUUCUUUGCUGCAUCAUUUAUGUCAAAUGAUGGACUUUGUGGUGCUCCUCGAUUGCAAGUUCCCCCAUGUAAAGAAGGUGCUUCUCGACCCAAAAAUACCGCAGUAGCAUCUAUACUAAAGUAUGUAUUACCAACAAUUGGGUUAACAAUGCUUGUAGUUGCUUUUGUAUUAGAAUGGACAAGACGCCAAAAAAGGAAUGCAAAACUUCUGGUGGAGACAAACUCACCACAACUAGCGACAUGGAAAAGAAUUUCCCAACAAGAACUUUUUCAAGCAACAAAAGGGUUCAAUGCAAGCAACUUACUUGGUAAAGGGAGCUUUGGAUUAGUAUACCAAGGGACCCUUUCAGAUGGUAUGAUUGUUGCAAUAAAAGUUUUCAACUUGGUAGUAGAAGGGGCAUUCAAAAGUUUUGAAACUGAGUGUGGGGUACUACGCAACAUUCGUCAUCGGAAUCUUAUUAAAAUCAUCAGCACGUGUAGUAACAAUGACUUCAAAGCUUUUGUAUUGGAAUACAUGCCUAAUGGGAGCCUACAAAAGUGGUUGUAUUCUCAAGACUGUUGUUUGAGUAUCUUACAAAGACUAAAUAUAAUGAUUGAUGUCGCAUCAGCACUAGAAUACCUUCAUUAUGGUUAUUCAACACCUAUUGUUCAUUGUGAUCUGAAGCCUAGCAAUAUCUUAUUAGAUGAAGAUAUGGUCUCACAUGUUGCUGAUUUUGGAAUUGUCAAACUGUUAGGUGACAAAGAUUCUAUGAUGCAAACCAUGACUCUUGCUACUAUUGGGUAUAUGGCACCAGAGUAUGGAUUGGAAGGAAUUGUUUCAACAAGUGGCGAUGUGUAUAGUUAUGGUAUUUUGCUUAUGGAAACUUUCACAAGAAAGAAACCUACUGAUGACAUGUUUGGUGGAGAAAUGAGCUUGAAGCGUUGGGUAGAGGAAUCUUUAUCCUUUUCAGUAACUAACGUUGUUGAUGCCUAUUUGUUGAGAACUGAAAAAGAUUAUGCUUCUAUGGAGAAUUGUAUGUCAUCCAUAAUGAGAUUGGCGUUGCAGUGUUGUGAUGAGUUACAUGAGCAGAGGAUUAAUGCAAAAAGGAUUUUAAUCACACUCAACAAGAUCAAAUUGAAUUUUCUACAAGGUGCAAUACCAAGUGAAAUUGGAAAUCUACAAAGCAUUGAGAUCUUUAAUAUCGUUUUCAACAUCUUUAUUGGUCCAAUUCCAUUUGAGAUAUUUAACAUCUCAACAGUACAAGUAAUUUCAAUGGUUUGCAAUAACUUCUCAGGCCAUCUUCCAUCAAAUGUAGGCUUCUUCCUUCCAAAUCUUCAGCAACUUUUUCUUUGGGAAAAUCAACUAAGUGGAACAAUUCCCAACUCUAUCUCUAAUGCUUUACAACUCACUCUCUUAAACUUGAGCAACAACUCAUUCUCAGGCUUAAUUCCUAAAGCACUUGAGUUCAACUUUUUCUCUUCUCUGUCAAAUUUGACAUAUCUAAAACAGUUAGAUUUGUCAAGUAAUUUACUGAAUAACAUCCUUUUUGAUUCCAUUGGAAAUCUCCCAACUUCUCUUGAAGAACUUUACAUAGAUCAUUGCAAUAUUAAGGGCAGCAUUCCUAGAGAUAUAGGCAAUUUAAGCAACUUGAUGACUUUGUCUCUACGGUUCAAUGAAUUGUUUGGACCUAUUCCAACUACUGUGGGAAGAUUGCACAAGCUUCAAGCAUUGAGAGUUGAUAAUAAUAAACUAGAAGGUCUCAUACCAUUUGAUCUUUGUCAUUUAGAGAGCUUGGUUGAGUUGUAUUUAGGUUAUAAUGAGCUUUUUGGACCUAUUUCUGCAUGUGUAAAUAAUCUGAUUUCUCUAAGAUAUCUUUACUUACACUUCAACAAAUUAACUUCUACGAUUCCCUUGAGUUUGUGGAGAUCUUAA